AUGUCCUUCCUGGAGGAGAACGCAGGAGUGAAGAUGGACUCUGGUGACCUGGAGAGAGCUGAACCCCAGUAUGGCCCAGAAGAUGCAGCCAGCGGUCCCCUGGAGUCAGGCCCGAGCCUCGCCUCUCUGAACUCUGCACACGCAGGUCCAAAAGUGGUGACCCAAGUCCCAGAGAAAUUCACCAUUCAUGACCAGGUCCACAAAGUAUUGGUGCUGAAUACAGCACCAAUUGGUGAAUCUACAACUCUUGAAGCAGUUCCAGAUAGACCCUACAUACGCCCAGCAAUCUUUUUUUCCUUACCUGCUCGCUUCAGCUUGCCUGAUGAGCAUGAGGAAAAUUUAAUUUUCUUGGCGGUCUCUGAAGGAGAUCUCUGCCUCUACUGUGAGAUGGACAGCGAAAGAAGCCAGCCGACCCUCCAGCUGAAGAAGCAGAAUCUUGGUCAGCUGACUACCUGGCAGGAAGAAGACUCAAAGCCCUUCGCAUUCUAUAGGGCAGAUGUGGGAUCCCGGAACACACUAGAGUCAGCUGCCUACCCUGGGUGGUUCAUCUGCACCUCCAACAAUUGGGGUGAACCUGUUGGAAUGACAAACAACCCUGGGCAAAAAGAAUACAUUGACUUUUCAUUUGAGCCAGUCAAGAAUGUUGAAAUGAGCCCUAGUGAGAUUAGCAAGUAGGAAGCUAUUUUACCAUCUGAAUAUCCUCCUCCUGCCAACCCCCAGUAGUUUUUCCUAUAGAAUUUCUGUUCUCGGAUUCCAACUUGGUAUUGACUAAGUGCAGGUACUUGCAUAUAUUUAUCCACACAAUAAAAACCUUAACUUAAUAAUCCAUCAGUAUUUACCACUUAACAGUGAAACUUUUCUUUCUCUCCAUUGGUCUCAAACAGUGCAGACAACUUUCACACAGGCUGGUUAAGGAAGUGACCACCACUGUGUGAGGCAUUUUGCCUUUUAAUGAUGAACUGAUGGAUCAAGUCACUUUGUGAAUAGCUCCUGAGCAGCUGCAUCUAACACUGUUGCAUCCAGACUGGCAAAAUGCAGUGUCUCUUGUUCUGCAUCUGUAGACACCUAAGGAGUUGCAUUCAUCUCACUAGGCACCCCUGAGUUCGCUUCCUACUCUUGUGUCCUGUGAUGACUUUUCUGUUGCAACAAGAUGCUUAAACUAAGGAUGAGAAUUAUUUGGAGCAAAAA